AGAACGUUCACGUAAGAUACAACCUCCUGGAAUAAAAUCACAAGAGCCACCAACCACUGAAGGUCGUUGGACAUUUCACUCUUCUGCUGACUUUCCAAAACCUCCUAGUUUUGUCCCUAUUAUAAAAGUAUAUCCAUCAGGAGCAUCUACGGGGAGCUCGUUUCCUCUUGAUUUAUCAGCCUUGACAUUACCGACACGAGCGCCACCACCACCACCGAAUAGUGGUGGAAGAAAUAAUGGAAGGAGAUGA